AUGGAGGACAGCCUAAAGCAGCUCAGCCUAGGGAGAGAUCCUGAGGGGGCAGGGGACAGCCAGGCCCUGGCUGAGCUCCAGGAGCUUGCCCUGAAGUGGUUCAUGGAGACACAGGCCCCCUUCAUUCUGCAGAACGGUGCCCUGCCUCCCUGGUUUCAUGGAUUCAUCACCCGCAAGCAGACGGAGCAGCUACUCAGGGACAGAGCUCUUGGUUCCUUCCUUAUCCGCCUCAGUGACCGAGCCACCGGCUACAUCUUGUCCUACAGGGGCAGCAAUCGUUGCCGACAUUUUGUCAUCAACCAGCUUCGAAACCGGCGUUACAUCAUCUCAGGAGACACCCAGAGCCACAGCACCCUGGCUGAGCUUGUGCGCCAUUACCAGGAGGCACAGCUUGAGCCCUUCGGAGAGAUGCUCACUACUGCCUGCCCCCGGCCAGAGGACAAUGAUAUGUAUGAUGCCAUCACCCGGGGCCUCCACCAGACCAUCGUGGACCCAGAAAACCUGCCUGCCAUGGUAUGCCCCACAGUGGUCCCAGACAAGGCCGCCAGCCCCUGCUCAUCUCCAAAGCCCCAGGUCUCCUUCCUCCAUGCACAGAAGAGUCUGGAUGUGAGUCCCCGGAACCUCUCCCAGGAGGAAAGCAUGGAGGCUCCCAUCAGAGUGCCCCCACUCCCUGAGAGGAGUUCCUCUCUCCUGGAAGAGUCUUUUGGAGGCCCCAAUGACAUCAUCUAUGCAGACGUGAGGAAGAUGAACCAGGCACGGCUAGGCUUGGGCACAGAGGGGUCCAGCAGGCAUGCACCAGUUCCAGCUGGCAGCCAGGCCUACUCCCCAGACAGGGAGGCCCAAAGGAGACUCUCAGAUGGAGAACAGAAUAGGCCUGAUGGCCUGGUGCCUGUCCUCUCUGGGGUGAGCCCAGACCAGGGUCCCACAGAGUCUCCCACUUCCUGGGGGUGUUCUGAUGCCAUGGGAUCCCUGGGGGCUACCUGGAGGCAAGAGUUUCCAAAGCUGAGCCAAAAGGCUCAGCCCUGCUCCCAGGGCAGCUCUGCAGAUAUCUAUGAGUUCAUUGGGACAGAAGGCCCCCUGCAAGAGCCCAGGGAUACACCAGACCAAGAAGGCAGUACCUAUGAGCAGAUCCCAGCUUGCUUGGGUGACCCAGCCAGGGCCCCACAUCCUGGGGCCAGUCCCACAUAUAGCCCAUGGGUACAUGGGCCCAUGGACCAUGGCUACAAGAGGAUUUCAGGCCCCCCAGGGCUCCCAGAGCCUGGGAACACCUAUGAGCAGAUCCCAGCAACCAAGAGCAAGGAGACUGGAUGGAUGCACAAGCCUGACAAGCUUCGGAGGCUCUUCUUCACGGACAGGAAGCACAAAUUCUGAGGGCCUGGCAUCUGGCAGCCCACCAGUGGGUUUCCUGGUACCCAGGCCAUGCCAGGGGUUAUCGCAAAGCCCUCAGCUCACUUGAAGGCACCCUUUGGAUCUUCAGACUCAUCCGGCCUACUACAGAACUAGGCUCCGAGACAGCCAAGGUGCCUGCCUAAGAGCAGGUGGAAGGGGACCUUCCAACCACCUGCAGCUCCUGGCUAUGUCCUGCUUUCCUUGUGCCUCCCAUCCAUGCAUAGGAGGGAAUCAAGGCUGGAGAGGAGUGACACUGGCCAAAGGCAAGUGCCAUUUCCCAGAUGAGCAUUCUGAGGCCCAGGCAGACUGACUGAACCUGCCUCCCACUACUGAGCACUUACCAAAUGUGUGACAGGCUGUGUGCUAGGACAGACACCUUUCUAACUGGCCAAGUGACAUCAUGCAAUUGCUAUUGAGAAAACCAAUUCCCCUCCUUGUGGCCCCAUCAGCAAAAAGGAGGGGAGGGCCAGAAGCCACAUCCUCUGCUUCAGGCCUCUUCACUCCAGCUGUGCC